AGUGCCAGCCAAGCUUGGGCAGGUUGUUGGAGGCAUAUUUAGUGGGGUCUUGGAACCGCCCGGAAAUCCAGCUUUUUGGAACGUGGGGCGAGGCGGGAGGGACCUGCCCAGCAAUAUGGAGCCGGCUGGGGAGAGCCAGGGAGCCUGCAACCCGGAGCUAAAAUAUCGUGGGCAAUUCUCUGGAAACCACAGCUCUAACACUAGUGAGCUCUAACCACAGCUCUAACCUAAGCUCAGAAACUGCCCCUCAGAUCACAAGACAAAGAGAACAGAAAACCUCUGGCCAGGCACUCCUGUACAGAAAUACACUUUGAUAACCAGAAUUGGAGCCUGAAAUGCAAGGGUGAAGCUCGUGUGUGGAGUGCCACGGUACAAUCAGACGACAGAUGGACAGUGUGACAAAAGUGUCAGAAAGGAUUGGGCCUCGCUGUGAGAGUCAGCCUGGAUUCAAAGUGUUGACAAGUUGCUGAAAAGGAAGCCAGUGAGAGGACUGUGGCACGCAGAGGAAGUGGAGCCCUGUCUUCGGUCACACCAUUGAUGGAGGACAGAUGGACAGCCGUAUGGCCAGUCACCUCUCCUCUUAAACCUUUGGAGAGUGGUCCUUUGUCCUCUGCUGGACACAUAAUAGGAAUUCUAACACACUCUCUGAAUUCACUUUUCAUAAAAACGUAAAAUCAGACUGCUCUGUACAACUAGGCUCAACUGUUGCAUGGUAGCAGAUUUGCAAACAUGAGUGCUGAGGGGUACCAGUACAGAGCGCUGUAUGAUUAUAAAAAGGAAAGAGAAGAAGAUAUUGACUUGCACUUGGGUGACAUAUUGACUGUGAAUAAAGGGUCCUUAGUAGCUCUUGGAUUCAGUGAUGGACAGGAAGCCAGGCCUGAAGAAAUUGGCUGGUUAAAUGGCUAUAAUGAAACCACAGGGGAAAGGGGGGACUUUCCGGGAACUUAUGUAGAAUAUAUUGGAAGGAAAAAAAUCUCGCCUCCCACACCAAAGCCCCGGCCACCUCGGCCUCUUCCUGUUGCACCAGGUUCUUCGAAAACUGAAGCAGAUGUUGAACAACAAGCUUUGACUCUCCCGGAUCUUGCAGAGCAGUUUGCCCCUCCUGACAUUGCCCCGCCUCUUCUUAUCAAGCUCGUGGAAGCCAUUGAAAAGAAAGGUCUGGAAUGUUCAACUCUAUACAGAACACAGAGCUCCAGCAACCUGGCAGAAUUACGACAGCUUCUUGAUUGUGAUACACCCUCCGUGGACUUGGAAAUGAUCGAUGUGCACGUUUUGGCCGACGCUUUCAAACGCUAUCUCCUGGACUUACCAAAUCCUGUCAUUCCAGCAGCCGUUUACAGUGAAAUGAUUUCUUUAGCUCCAGAAGUACAAAGCUCCGAAGAAUAUAUUCAGCUAUUGAAGAAGCUUAUUAGGUCGCCUAGCAUACCUCAUCAGUAUUGGCUUACGCUUCAGUAUUUGUUAAAACAUUUCUUCAAGCUCUCUCAAACCUCCAGCAAAAAUCUGUUGAAUGCAAGAGUACUCUCUGAAAUUUUCAGCCCUAUGCUUUUCAGAUUCUCAGCAGCCAGCUCUGAUAAUACUGAAAACCUCAUAAAAGUUAUAGAAAUUUUAAUCUCAACUGAAUGGAAUGAACGACAGCCUGCACCAGCACUGCCUCCUAAACCACCAAAACCCACUACUGUAGCCAACAACGGUAUGAAUAACAAUAUGUCCUUACAAGAUGCUGAAUGGUACUGGGGAGAUAUCUCGAGGGAAGAAGUGAAUGAAAAACUUCGAGAUACAGCAGACGGGACCUUUUUGGUACGAGAUGCGUCUACUAAAAUGCAUGGUGAUUAUACUCUUACACUAAGGAAAGGGGGAAAUAACAAAUUAAUCAAAAUAUUUCAUCGAGAUGGGAAAUAUGGCUUCUCUGACCCAUUAACCUUCAAUUCUGUGGUUGAAUUAAUAAACCACUACCGGAAUGAAUCUCUAGCUCAGUAUAAUCCCAAAUUGGAUGUGAAAUUACUUUAUCCAGUAUCCAAAUACCAACAGGAUCAAGUUGUCAAAGAAGAUAAUAUUGAAGCUGUAGGGAAAAAAUUACAUGAAUAUAACACUCAGUUUCAAGAAAAAAGUCGAGAAUAUGAUAGAUUAUAUGAAGAAUAUACCCGCACAUCCCAGGAAAUCCAAAUGAAAAGGACAGCUAUUGAAGCAUUUAAUGAAACCAUAAAAAUAUUUGAAGAACAGUGCCAGACCCAAGAGCGGUACAGCAAAGAAUACAUAGAAAAGUUUAAACGUGAAGGCAAUGAGAAAGAAAUACAAAGGAUUAUGCAUAAUUAUGAUAAGUUGAAGUCUCGAAUCAGUGAAAUUAUUGACAGUAGAAGAAGACUGGAAGAAGACUUGAAGAAGCAGGCAGCUGAGUAUCGAGAAAUUGACAAACGUAUGAACAGCAUUAAACCAGACCUUAUCCAGCUGAGAAAGACGAGAGACCAAUACUUGAUGUGGUUGACUCAAAAAGGUGUUCGGCAAAAGAAGUUGAACGAGUGGUUGGGCAAUGAAAACACUGAAGACCAAUAUUCACUGGUGGAAGAUGAUGAAGAUUUGCCCCAUCAUGAUGAGAAGACAUGGAAUGUUGGAAGCAGCAACCGAAACAAAGCUGAAAACCUGUUGCGAGGGAAGCGAGAUGGCACUUUUCUUGUCCGGGAGAGCAGUAAACAGGGCUGCUACGCCUGCUCUGUAGUGGUGGACGGUGAAGUAAAGCAUUGUGUCAUAAACAAAACAGCAACUGGCUAUGGCUUUGCCGAGCCCUAUAACUUGUACAGCUCUCUGAAAGAACUGGUGCUACAUUACCAACACACCUCCCUCGUGCAGCACAACGACUCCCUCAAUGUCACACUAGCCUACCCAGUAUAUGCACAGCAGAGGCGAUGAAGCGCUUACUCUUUGAUCCUUCUCCUGAAGUUCAGCCACCCUGAGGCCUCUGGAAAGCAAAGGGCUCCUCUCCAGUCUGAUCUGUGAAUUGAGCUGCAGAAACGAAGCCAUCUUUCUUUGGAUGGGACUAGAGCUUUCUUUCACAAAAAAGAAGUAGGGGAAGACAUGCAGCCUAGGGCUGUAUGAUGACCACACGUUCCUAAGCUGGAGUGCUUAUCCCUUCUUUUUCUUUUUUUCUUUGGUUUAAUUUAAAGCCACAACCACAUACAACACAAAGAGAAAAAGAAAUGCAAAAAUCUCUGCGUGCAGGGACAAAGAGGCCUUUAACCAUGGUGCUUGUUAAUGCUUUCUGAAGCUUUACCAGCUGAAAGUUGGGACUCUGGAGAGCGGAGGAGAGAGAGGCAGAAGAACCCUGGCCUGAGAAGGUUUGGUCCAGCCUGGUUUAGCCUGGAUGUUGCUGUGCACGGUGGACCCAGACACAUCGCACUGUGGAUUAUUUCAUUUUGUAACAAAUGAACGAUAUGUAGCAGAAAGGCACGUCCACUCACAAGGGACGCUUUGGGAGAAUGUCAGUUCAUGUAUGUUCAGAAGAAAUUCUGUCAUAGAAAGUGCCAGAAAGUGUUUAACUUGUCAAAAAACAAAAACCCAGCAACAGAAAAAUGGAGUUUGGAAAACAGGACUUAAAAUGACAUUCAGUAUAUAAAAUAUGUACAUAAUAUUGGAUGACUAACUAUCAAAUAGAUGGAUUUGUAUCAAUACCAAAUAGCUUCUGUUUUGUUUUGCUGAAGGCUAAAUUCACAGCGCUAUGCAAUUCUUAAUUUUCAUUAAGUUGUUAUUUCAGUUUUAAAUGUACCUUCAGAAUAAGCUUCCCCACCCCAGUUUUUGUUGCUUGAAAAUAUUGUUGUCCCGGAUUUUUGUUAAUAUUCAUUUUUGUUAUCCUUUUUUAAAAGUAAAUGUACAGGAUGCCAGUAAAAAAAAAAAAUGGCUUCAGAAUUAAAACUAUGAAAUAUUUUACAGUUUUUCUUGUACAGAGUACUUGGCUGUUAGCCCAAGGUUAAAAAGUUCAUAACAGAUUUUUUUUGGACUGUUUUGUUGGGCAGUGCCUGAUAAGCUUCAAAGCUGCUUUAUUCAAUAAAAAAAAGAAAUGAAAAAGA